AUGCUGACCAAAUCUGCAUCUUCCGUGGGGACAGUCUUGUCUUUCAUGUCCCAGUUUUCUGGCACACCCAGAGACUCGGGCAAGAAUCAACCAACGCCAAAUUCGUCGCCUCCCCACGAUUCGACGACACCUUUUCCUCCAUACAACUACAAGGCGCAACCACCGCCGCCGCCUCACCAGCAAACAGAGCCCUUCCCGGAACCUCCCCCCAAUUUUGGCCACCGCCCCGCAACCCCGACUUCGCCGACGCGUCCACUUUCCGAAUAUGCGUCUUCGCCUGCCAACGGAACUGCAAACAGCUCGCCCGUAAAUGCCCCCAGGUCCGUCACUGGCCGCCAAAGAAGCUCCUCCCGCCCACUUUCGAUGGUAAUGCCAUACCAACCGCCCCUCAUGGAUAUCAACGAAGACACCAUUCCCGAACUCCAGCCCAUCUUCACCUUCCUCAACAGCCAUGCCAACAAGCUGUAUCAGGAGGGCUACUUCCUCAAGUUGGACGACCAGAAUACUCAGGGAAAGCCAAAUGCCGACCGCACAUGGACAGAGUGCUUCGCACAGCUUGUCGGCACCGUCCUUUCGCUAUGGGAUGCUGCAGAAUUAGACGCCGCGGGAGAGGACGGCGAGAUCCUCCCAAAAUUCAUUAACCUGACGGAUGCAUCCAUCAAAAUGAUUGAAUCCCUACCAACGCGAUCGAACGAUGAACAGCCGUUACAGAACAUUCUGAGCAUCUCAACUGCCGGCAGGAACCGUUACUUACUGCACUUUAACUCCCAUCAUUCACUAAUACAAUGGACCGCUGGCAUCAGGCUCGCCAUGUACGAGCAUUCGACGCUUCAAGAGGCCUAUACCGGUGCCCUCAUCGCCGGCAAGGGCAAGUCCCUCAACAAUAUCAACCUGAUCAUGGAUAGAUCCAAGUUCAAGACCGAGGAAUGGGUGCGCGUGCGAUUUGGUGCCGGAGUGCCUUGGAGACGGUGCUGGUGUGUCAUUUCUCCUCCCGAUGAGAAGGAGUAUGCAAAGGCACAGAAGGAGAUGCGCAAGAAGUCGCCAUACGACCGGUCGACGCCAACCCUCAAGGGAGACAUCAAGUUUUAUGACACCAAAAAAGACGGCAAGAAGCAGAAAAAGGCCCGCCCAAUCGCCACAAUCACCGAUGCGUACUCUUCAUAUGCCAUCUACCCCCAGGCGAAGUCGCUCAUCGACGCAUCUACCCUGCUGAAGAUCGAAGGCAACAUCACCAUCCACUCCGAACCACCUUCAUCGACUGAGGGUUUCGUGUUUAUCAUGCCCGAGACCCAUCCCGCCGUCAGCGGUUUUGAAAUGCUGCUGCGUUUCCUCUUUCCGACUUGGGAUACCUUUAACCUCUAUGGCCGCCCAGGUAGACUCGUUGCUAGUGUUCUGGACCCGAGAUCGCUCAUGUUUGCCAUGCCAAAGCAUCGAAGAUACGGCUAUCUCGAGAUCCUCGACGUUUCUGGACUCAUCCUGGAGGAGGGGAGCUCGUCCUGGUCGGAGCGUGAGUGGAGGAAGAAGCUCAAAGAACUCACUGGUAAGCGAAUGAAUGCCGUUGAUGAGAGCCAGGGUGUCCGUCAAAGAAGUGGAAGCAAGAAGAGCAGCCGUCUCAGCUUUAGCAACGGCACUGCGAGUCCUGCCCCAGCCAAGCUCAGAGUGGGUUUUGCCGACGAUUCCAUUUCGAACCGUUCAUCUAGGUCCAUGUCUCUGGGCACGCCUAGCCGCUCAGAGACGGCUCCUGUGACAAGUUCACACGCACCUCCCCCGCUGUUGGGCAUCAACAAAGCAAGCCAUGCACGCAACUCUUCAGACCCACACUUGCUUGGCCACGCGCUGCAGCGGAAUGAAGAUCGUGGCAGCGACGACAGCUCUUACAACCCUCUCGCACAAGGCCUUGCCCCCGUCGGAGGCGUUCUGGGUUCAGGAACACAAAGCUCGGAGGAAGACACUGCCCGCAGCACGCCAGUGCAAGAGAUUGAGGGAGGUGCGCGCAACAUGGCGUCGCCAGAGCCAGUUGUUGCACCGCCUGCUUUCAACUAUGGUCCUAACUCCAAGCCUGCCGGGAAACCUUACCAUUCACCAGAUCUUCGCAGGGCUACUACCCGCCUGUCCAACACCACCUUGUCCCAGUUGACAACGGCAGGAGGAUUCAUGAUCCCUCCAGAUAGCCCCUCUGAUGAUUCAUCUGAGCGCAGAAGCGGAGAGGAUAACGCACCAUCCAACCCUCUGGUACAUCCUCAAGCCAAUCCCGUACGAGGAGGCACUGCUAACGAUACACUGUCUCGUGAAGCUCUGACCUCUAACCCAACCCCUCCUCCUUCCGGCGGUCUGCCGCCCCCUAUUCCGCCCAUGAACCAGAAGCGUUCCCGAUCGCCCCUUGCCCAGCAGUCCGGACCCCCUAGCCCUCAUCCCCAAGCCCAAGGACCUCAAGGCGCGACCGGCCCUCCGUCCGAUGUGAGAGGUCCCCAACAGAUGAGAAGCCCUGUCGAGGAAUAUCCUCCUCAGUUCCCUCAGCAGCAACUCCGUCCUCAACCGUCGUUUAGCAACUUUUCUCGGCCAGAGGGAGCCAGAACGCCCCCCGUUGGGGGGCCUGGCCGAGUUCCCACACCGGAAAUGAGAAGCCGUGGCAUACAGUCCCAAGCUAUGGGCCCGCCGCCUCCCCUUCAUCAGUCUAGAGACCCUCGCACGCAGGGUCGCGGUGUGCCGCUUCCCGGUAUCGACACGAAAGCUGCUUUCCAACGCAAACCACUGCCGGUUCGCUCGGACAGCCUAAGAAGCCCGCAUGACACCCCCCUGUCGUCGGUCAGCGGCAGCAGCUGGGGCAUCAACCUUAUCGACCAAGCGGGCUUCCAGCAAGUUCAGCCUCGCGAUGUCAGACAGCGCACGCCAUUGCCCGAGCAACAAAUUCGUAGAGCGCAAACUCAGCGGAGUGACGCUAGUCACUACGACGAUGCAUCCUCGACUGCCAGCCCAGAUUACGCCAGCCGCAAGUCGAGCGAAACUCAGCAUUCCCAAAAGUCUUUCGAACGCCCCAGAGCUGGUGUUCUGAAGACUGUAGGUGGCGCCGAGUCUCCGAGCUCGGACUUCCACAUUCCGGACAUCAACUUUGGCCCCACGGUCAAUUACGCCGCCAACCAGCCCGCCAGGACCAAGACACCGACGUCCCUGAACAACCAAGCCGCCGUGUCGGUUCUUCAGCGUCCCUUUUCCCCGGCCGGAUUGAGAUCUCCUCCCAACGUACAAGGUCACAACCGACAGGAAUCUGAGGAGACGGUCAGGAAGGUCGCCUGGCAACCCGGCGCCGCAGCUGUGCCAACUGGGCAAGGUAUCAGCCCGGAGCAAUUUGUGCAGCAACGUGCCGCCCAAUCUGCAGUUCCCAUGUAUUCCCACGGUCGGACGCCGUCUGGCAAUAUCAUGACCAUGCGAUCGAUGACACCAACUCCUACCGUGAAUCGAAGCGGCUCUUCAGAGAUGCUCGCCCGUCACUCCCGCAGUAGCUCCGCGGAUCUUUUGCAGCGUCCCAGUUCCCGUGGCGCCAACACAUUGUUCGACAUUGCUAGCAACGGCGAAGUCUCGUCCCACCUCUCGGCUCGUGAGCAAGAGCAUGUGGCACGCAUGACGGGCUCACCCCUCAUCUCUAUGGCCAGCAGAAGCGGCCAACAAGGCCAACCCGGAGCAGGUUUGGUGGGCGCGAUUCACGCCCGCGAACGUGAGAGACAACAGGCCAAGCAAGGUCUGAACACGCAAGCAGUGCAGCAUGCCAUCAACCAGCGGCAACAGCAGCAGGUGCUGGCCUACCAACAGCAGGCCUACCAACAACAGAUGCAGUGGCAGCAACAGCAGCAGGCUUAUCAGCAGCAACAAAUGUACGCUCAACAGCAGCACCAGCAACCCAUGUCUCCCCAGGGCAUGUACGCUCAGAACAACAUGUCCCGCGGCCAAUUGGGACCUCCACGUGGGCAGCCAAACGGCUAUGGCGCCGGGCCCGCCCAGAACCUUGGCUAUGUCCAAGCAGGAAGCUACGGUCCCGCUAGCAACUACGGUCAAGUAGGUGGUGCUUGGGGACAGGGAGGUGGCUUUCCCAAUCCGAUAGCUAUGCGCCAGGGUCGCCAGUCUCCAGGACCCUAG